UGAUUUUGAUUUUGAAUUGAAGUUCAGUACGUGUUAGCUGAAUGCUUCCUCAGCAGAACACGGAGAUCACGCGGAGAUUACAACGCCCCCUGGGGUCAAACAUGUGAUAAGAAGCGUGGGCUACCAUUAACUGAGCGGUCACUGUGUGCACACGGGGUCAUCUGGACCCGUUGCGUCACCGAUAUCUAUAGAUCGCUACUGUUCGGGCUCAACUGUGGUGAGUGAUGAGACAGCCGGGAAAAGUACUUCUCCGUCGCCAUAAACCUAUAGUCAAACAGCAGCAGCUGUGUGUUUGAUAUUACUGGAGUGUGAAAUGUUGUGUUUAAGAAGCAGCCGGCGCUGAAGGUCAAACACAGCGGUGUUAUUGGAGCAUCAUUAGACGGGAGGAGCGUGUAAAGGCCACCGUCGUAAUUAAGACCUGAGACCUGCGCUUAACAUUGGCACACUCUGGGUCUGGAGAGUGAUAAGUGCUUGAUCCUGAUCAAUAAGAUGCACAGCCCCAUUGCCACUUGCAAAAUCAAUAUUGUUUUAUUUGCUGUUACAAUAGGCUUGUCUGGUUGCAAAUGAGGUCUGAGCUGCAGAGUUACUUUGGAAGUGGAGACCUUGCCUGAGACUCCUGCCCCGGUCCGCUCUAAUGAAUAGGCCAAUAAGUGGCUGCACCGGUGACCUCACAGUCACAGGCCUGGGGGAGCCCUGCAGGAGAAUUCCCCAGUGGGGGGGGUGUCACUGCCUUUACAUAUACACAGUCAAAUCUGCAUACAGCUUCCUCAGAAUGACAGCCUUACCCAGACUAUUGGUCUGCUGCUGAUUAUUGCAGCACUGUGGGAACAGGAAGACGAUACUUCAGUUAUAGAACAAUUAAUUUAUAAGGUCAGUUGGAGUUCUUUUGGCAACGGACAGCCUCAAAUAUAUAGUAAUGGAACAUAUUGUACAGUUUGGUUGUCCUGGAAUAACUGUUCAAUGACAAUAAAGGAUGAUCUCAUGUCUUCUAUGUUCUGUUGGUACAGAGGUGGAUAAGUUCAUCUGGAUUUAGCCAACAUGACUCCCUGCUUUGAUGUUAAUUAUCAUGAUAGAGUACAACCUGAACACCUGAACAUUGAUUUAAACAGAUAGGAUUCAACCAAGCUCUGGACAGAGCUGGACAUUAAAGGAAGGCCAUUAAUAAAACCCCACAAAUCCAUUCAUUCAGACAAAAUGUACUGCGUCCUUCCUGCAGCGGCAUCAUAGAUCAUGCUAAUGCGCUGCCAGAGUUUCACCCCUCGUCUUCUUGUUUCAUUUGGCGAUAUUAUCUUCACCAUCUUCCGCUCACUAAGUUUCCUUAGCUCAUUUCAAAGGCACUUUUUGUUGUCCUUUCCUUUGAUUUCCUUUGAUUUUCAGAACACUCCAGUAAGAAACAGGGGAAACAGCCGAGAGAACCUGGAGGUUGUUUUGCUUUUCCACACUGCAGCCGAAGAACGUCUCUAAAGACUAGAAGAGUUGGCGAUAGACGACUCUAUCAUCAUUGAUUUGAAAGGACCUCCACUCCAACCUCCAAUGCCAAGAUCCAGUUCAAGGGCGCCUGCAGGCAAGACAGCUCUCACUCUUGCCGUGCCAACACUGACGCUCAAGGUCAUAUGAGCCAGCCCUGUGACAUUAAAGAGGAACAGGAAAGGGGAACUGUGCAAGGAGGAGGGGGGUGUCAGAAAGCCAUCCACCACAGACAUGCACACUACAACAGAAUGGAGUUGUAAAGAGAAGGAAAAAAGGUGCCCGAUGUAAGAUCUGCAAAGCUGAAGGGCGCCAGUGACAGAACCACAUCCAGGCCUAAGGACAGACAUCCCAAACAUCCACAACCACGGAAUGUGUCAACAUCACUGUGGUGAAAUCCGCUGACUUUUCACUUACUACUCACAUAAGCCUGUACCUUGGUCUUCUGGGAUUCUACAUUUAAAGGCAUACCGUUAUGCCUCCAAAACCCUAUUGCCCCAGAUUGCAGCCUCCAAAUAUGGCUGCUGUUUCUGCACGGUGAUACCUGUGGCUACUGCAAAGAGGAAUCACCGCAUGGUCAGUAGAUCUUUAGCCCCCUGCACGCGGCACCGUUGCUGGCCCCCCUUUCGUCAUUAAGAAAAUAUAUACUGCUGUCUACCAGAUGACCUAGUGGACAUUUGUUUUCAAGUAGCUGUGCUGAACCAUACGAAAGGAUCCUAGUAUUGAACAUGACUCAUGGGGAGGAGCCUGGCCCUGAGACACACAAGGAUUCAGCUGUUCUAACUUAUCUGGAAGGUUUACUGAUGCAUCCAGUGGUGGCCGGGCCUGGGGCCACGGCAAGUGGGCGAUCAGAAGCUGCCCACAGUAAUCAGGAGCAGGGUGACAAAGUGGGAAGGCCCUACCAACUGCCUAGCCAUGUCCCCACAGCUCCUAAAACUGGAACAAAUGGACCCACAUUAGGCUCAUCACAGCACCUUAAGAAAGCCCGUCUUCUUCGCUCUGGAGCAUGGAAUGAACCAGGGAAACAAAGAACAACUUCACCACCAGUAGAACUGAACGGCCAAGGGGUAGGACGGCAAAAUGGGGCACUCGAGGGGUCUCCUCAUGCUGGAGAAAGCACUUUAUUGGCUUCGCUGCUUCAGUCAUUCAGCUCACGGCUUCAAAGUGUUGCGAUGUCUCAGCACAGUAACAAGCCCCCCAGUGAGUGUUCCUCUCCAUCCAACGUACCACCUGUAGACAAAAAAACACUUCCUGUGUAUGGGACAGCUACAAGCCGCUUGAAAGGUCUGGUCAAAAAGGGCAAAAUUCAGAAUCACAGUAACACACCAUACAGUCGACACAAUCAAGACAGACCCCCAGAAUCACCACGUUCUAUCCACAGCACCACGCCCCCUUCUGCACCUACAACUGCUGAAUCAGUGUCCUGUGCAGAGCGUUUGAAAGCAGUUGCAAACAUGGUAAAAAUAAGAUCAAGUCCAGCACCAUCACCCAAGCCCAGUGUAGCCUGCAGUCAACUGGCAUUGCUGCUUUCUAGUGAAGCCCAUCUUCAGCAGUACUCUAGAGAACAUGCAAUCAAAGCCCAAUUAUCUGGAAGAUCUGCCAGUGAAAGACUAGCUGCCAUGGCGAACCAGCAACAUGGCAAGGACACAAUACCACCGAGUGUCGGGGGGGCUCUGCCGGGAGCUGUAGAAACACUAAGCUCCAUAACGACACAAAAUGGAAUGUCGACAACUAACACAACAGCAACAACACUGUCUCGAACAGCAGUGUCCAGUCCACAGAGCCCUUCUUUGCUAAGUGGUCAUAGCCAAAGCUCUGUAGCCACUCCUCCACAUGCUACGAGCAUCACGCACAGCCAACCACCUAGAGAGAAGCGAGGGUUUGACUCACGUCCAACACGUCCCCCGCAGACAUGCAGCAGUUUACUGCUUCUCUUACUCAACAACCAUAACAACCAGAAGCAGCUGACUAAGAAUGGACACCUCGAGGAUAGCUGUGGUCUUCUGCCCCCAAGCAGGUCCUCGUCAGUCACAUCAGAUAGCGAGUGCUCCACUCAGGAAAGGUUCCUGACCAAGGACAGCAGUGACGCAGAGAGUUCCUACUCUAGUUGCUCUCCAAUUGACCUAUCCACAAGAAACCGAGCCAACAUGCAAGAUACCAUGCCCAAAAUUGCAACCCCCUCUUCCUCCUCCCCUUUCACUUCUACCCUCUCUUCAUCAACAGCAGUCUCUACAUCAACCCCACUUGCAUUCUCUCCUCAGAUUUCAGCUCAACUUUCCAACUCAACUUUUUCACCUCCCCCUACCAUUGUCUCUUCUGCCUCCAAAGGUGCAACUUCAUCUUCCUCUUUCUCUACCUCCUCUUUGGACAAAUUAACAGAGUCUCUAAUAAAUAAAUGGAAGCCAGAGGCAUCAGGAUCAAAUUUAUCCAAGGAGUCUGAAAUGAGCCUUGACCCAAAAUCCCAUCCUAAGGUCACACUCAUGCAGCUUCUACUAGAGCGCAGAAAUAAUGAGAUGGGUAACAAAGGGGCAUGUAACCAGGAUUCACCUCUUGAUAUAACUAUGGCCACAAUGUCUCGAAGCCAACCCAAGGCACUAGUCUCUUGGCAGGAGGCCAGAACAGCAAGUCCCAAUGAGAGACCUGUGGCACCAGACAAGUCUCUCUACUCCCUUAAUCGAGAUGCUGGUGGAACACUUUCUCCAUAUUCAUACCCUUCUCCCAAUGUCCAGUCAAGUCCUUUGGACUUGUGUAAAUCAAAAACAUUUGCUGCUGAGAAAACCACUGAGCCUGCCUUUAGUGCCAGUAAACUUUUGCAGAAUUUAGCUCAGUGUGGCCCAGCUUCUUCCUCUCCUCCUGUUCCCUCCAGCCAUGGUCCAGAUCUUGACACCGGUAGGCCUCUUGCUCUGUUGGAAAGGCUCAAUGCGCCAAUUAACAGGAACACCACCACGCCACUCUCUGACAAACCCUCAGGCAGCGGUACCCCUUUUAUUCAAAAGGAAUCUUCUCCUCCUUCACAGAUUGAGAACCUUUUAGAGAGACGCACCGUGCUGCAGCUCCUACUCGGAACAGGCCCGGCUAAUGCCACAACCAACCGCAAAGAUAGGCCCAGUGGAAGGAGAAGUGUGGAGGUGGCUGGCACAGCUUAUGUGAAGAGCACUGCCACUUCUGUCAUCUGUGACACCUCCAAUGGGCCUCCUUCAGAUGUAAAGGUCAAAACAGAGAUCACAGAGGAAGCUGUCCCAUCAUCUGCUGUGUAUGAGGAUCUGUGUAGCAAAAAAAGGCCUAUGGGCUAUGAAAAGAGUAGCCCUCUCUCUGCAGAUUUUCAUCCAGACCUAAAAACAGAACCAAGGCCUGCAGAGGUCAUUGCAAAAUAUGGCCUUCUCAGCCAGUUGCUCAAACAAAAGACUGCUACCUAUUAUACCAAUGUUGCUAUGGUUAAGGAGGAACAAAAGGAAUAUCAAAGCCCACGUCAUAAGAAGCGCCGUCUAUGCUCUGAUCGGACUGAUAGUCUUAAUAGCACUGGCUGUCCGAGAGAAAUGGACAGUGCCAGUACAAACAUUUUUCCGUCUCCUGCUGUUCAGGACAGGUCGGAUCUGCAGAGGAGUUUGAAGGAGGAAGAGGCUCCCGCUAAGAGCCCUCAGAGUGAAACGCUUAACCGGGAGAGUCGGGGCUUUAAUGUGCUUAAACAACUGUUGCUGUCUGACAACUGCCUAAAGGAGUUGUCCCAGCAGCCAAGGGGUGCACCCAGUCCUUCCAUUCUACAGACCAAUGGCAAGGCCAAUGGCAGCAUUCUCAGUCAGCCUGCUCAUAACCACAGCUUUGCCCACCUACCAGGGUGGAACACCCAUGGCUCCUUCAACUCAGGGCUUCAGAGUAAUCUAAGACCACUGCCCAAUGUCCCUGCAAGUGAAAGCCCUAUUCCCACCCCAUGGAGCCGCAACCCAUCUCCAUGGCCUGCCACCCACAACAAACGAGAGCCUCCUACUCUAGUCAAACAGGAGCCAGAGAGUCCCGUGCGAUGGGGUAGUCAAGGGAAUGAGGAAGAAGAGGAGGGGUGUGACUCCAACCUGGACUCUCCCAGGCUGUCACGUUCCAACCCUAUCUUGUAUUACAUGUUGCAGAAAGGCAGUAUUCAGCUGAGGAAAGAGAUGCGGGAUCAGGCUGAGGGCCCACAGUCUGCGGUCAUGGUAAAGGAGGAGCCAAUCGGUGACAUGCAUGCCUAUGAACACAGUAUGAGCUCCACCCCCAAGUCCCCGACCCACAGUGACAAGCACAGCAAGGAGAGCAGGGAGCUGAGCUAAUCAUUUUGAAUAGAAGUUGUAUCAACUACAGAAAACAAGUGGAGGAAAAUGACUUUUUUUAAAAAAUAAUUUGCCAAAUUGGUUUUAAUGAAAAGA